AUCCGGGGUGGAGCGAAAAUGCUCGAGUUGUUACUUUUGAUCCAACUUCGGCCAAAGGUAACACUUUUUUUGCCAGCCUCUGCUGAUAAACAUUACGUUUCUGCCCGGCAGCCUGCAGCUUACGGGAGUUAUGAACAAGCAGUCCAAAUGGUCCACAUGCAAGACGAGGCAGAAAGAAGUACAACUCAGCAUCAUGGGUGGCCCCUCAAAUAAAAUCAACAAACCCAAAAAACCAGGUUUCCGGAUAAUCCAGAGACAAAAACGAAACCAGGUCAAAGCCAACCCGCCCACGAGCAAGAAGACUUUCUCAGGAGGCAUGUCCAAAUGGCGACCGUCGAAAGGCGUCACUAAGAAAAGAAAGAUCAACGUCAGUACCAACUCUAGCCCGUCAGGAAAGAAGCUCAGGAAACUACUGAGAGCGAGGCUGAGAAGUGAAAAGGAGGCUAGUGCCAUGCAAGUUGAACUGACGUCAUUGCCACGAAAACAAAGCAACAAGAGUGACAAAUCAAAGGCCAAGAACCCUUCAACGCAAGCAAAAGACAAUAAAGGCGAGGGAGACAUAGAAAUGCAAGAAGUCUGAUGGGAUUAUGAAAUGACCGAUUAGAUCGCAUUCACAGCUGUUUCCGCAAUUUGUGAACAAAAUAAAAUUCACGACCAAAAAGCAAAAACUAACAAAGAUCUCGCGCAAAGAAUGAUGCGCAACCUCUCCUCUGCUAUUCUCACCGGAAAAAUUAUUCGCAGAGAGAUGUCUAUCACGAAGCUAUUAACGAGACGAAUGUUGGAUGAUGAAAGUUAAACUUGUGGGAAUAGGCUACAGAUUGACCGACUUGAAGAAACCCGUAUGAAGAGAGUCAGUCUGUGUUAAGUUUUAGAGGUGGAAGGAAGAGCCUAGAACGACAUUCCAGGGAAUGAUCCAUGCAUGGACGCGGGGACUCACCAUGAAUUCACGAAACCUUGAUGGAUCACAAAGAUAUUAGAACCUAAGCAGGAACAUGACUUCAAGAUCAAAAUCAAGUUUCAAAUAAUGAAUGAUAAAAAAAUGAGACGACAAAUUCUUUCUCCUAUAGACUAAUCCAAUUAGACGCCCCAACUGCACGGUGG